CGGCUGCCCGACGUCAUGCUGCCCGUCUGGUUCACCAACAGCCUGGAGACGGUCACGUCCUACGUGCUGGACCAGAGCGAGGACUGCCUGUUCCUCAACAUCUACGUCCCCACGGAGGACGGUCCCCUUACAAAGAAACAGAACGAUGAGUUAGGUGGUAAUGACGGGGCGCAGGACGAAGACAUCCGAGAGAGCGGCAGCCCCAAGCCCGUCAUGGUGUUCAUCCACGGCGGCUCCUACAUGGAGGGCACCGGGAACAUGUUCGACGGGAGCAUCCUGGCCAGCUACGGGAACGUCAUCGUGAUCACCGUCAACUACCGACUGGGAGUGCUGGGGUUCCUGAGCACAGGGGACCAGGCUGCCAAGGGGAACUACGGGCUGCUGGACCAGAUCCAGGCCCUGCGCUGGACCAGCGAGAACAUCGCCUUCUUCGGGGGCGACCCUCUGCGCAUCACGGUGUUCGGCUCGGGCGCCGGAGCCUCCUGCGUCAACCUGCUGACCCUGUCCCAUUACUCUGAAGGGCUGUUCCAGAGGGCGAUUGCUCAGAGCGGGACGGCCCUGUCCAGCUGGGCCGUGAGCUUCCAGCCCGCCAAGUACGCCCGCAUGCUGGCGCGCAAGGUGGGCUGCAACCUGCAGGACACGGUGGGCCUGGUGGACUGCCUGCAGCACAAGCACUACAAGGAGCUGGUGGACCAGGACAUCCAGCCCGCCCGGUACCACAUCGCCUUCGGGCCCGUCAUCGACGGCGACGUGAUCCCGGACGACCCGCAGAUCCUCAUGGAGCAGGGCGAGUUCCUCAACUACGACAUCAUGCUGGGCGUCAACCAGGGCGAGGGCCUGAAGUUCGUGGAGCUGAUCGUGGACAACGAGAACGGCGUGCAGGCCAACGACUUCGACUACGCCGUGUCCAGCUUCGUGGACGACCUGUACGGGUACCCGGAGGGGAAGGACAUCCUGCGCGAGACCAUAAAGUUCAUGUACACGGACUGGGCGGACCGGCACAACCCCGAGACGCGGAGGAAGACCCUGCUGGCGCUCUUCACCGAUCACCAGUGGGUGGCGCCCGCCGUGGCCACCGCCGACCUGCACUCCAGCUUCGGCUCGCCCACCUACUUCUACGCCUUCUACCACCACUGCCAGACGGAGCAGGUGCCGGCCUGGGCGGACGCGGCGCACGGGGACGAGAUCCCCUACGUGUUCGGCCUGCCCAUGGCCGGCCCCACAGAGCUCUUCCCCUGCAACUUCUCCAAGAACGACGUCAUGCUCAGCGCCGUCGUCAUGACCUACUGGACCAACUUCGCCAAGACCGGGGACCCCAACCAGCCGGUGCCCCAGGACACCAAGUUCAUCCACACCAAGCCCAACCGCUUCGAGGAGGUGGCGUGGACGCGGUACAACCAGAAGGACCAGCUGUACCUGCACAUCGGGCUGAAGCCGCGCGUGAAGGAGCACUACCGCGCCAACAAGGUCAACCUGUGGCUGGAGCUGGUGCCUCACCUGCACAGCCUGAACGAGGUCACGCAGAUCAUCUCCACCACCACCAAGGUGCCGCCGCCCUCCGACGUCACGCCGCGCACGCCCAAGAAGACGCCCGCCAACACCAAGCGGCCCAACCCCACGCCCUUCCCCACGGAGAACCAGGACAGCCACAACCAGCCCUUCCUGGUGGACCAGCGCGACUACUCCACGGAGCUGAGCGUCACCAUCGCGGUGGGCGCCUCCCUCCUCUUCCUCAACAUCCUGGCCUUCGCCGCGCUGUACUACAAGAAGGACAAGCGUCGGCACGACGUGCACCACCGGCGCUGCAGCCCCCAGCACGCCACGGCCAACGACCUGGCGCACCACACGCAGGAGGAGGAGCUGAUGACGCUGCAGAUGAAGCACGGCGAGCUGGACCGCGACUGCGACUCGGUGCACCCGCACGAGGUGGUGCUGCGGACCGCCUGCCCGCCGGACUACACGCUGGCCAUGCGCAGGUCCCCGGACGACAUCCCGCUCAUGACGCCCAACACCAUCACCCUCAUCCCCAACGCCAUGCCCGGCCUGCAGACCCUGCACCCCUUCAGCACGCCCUUCUCCUCCAGCGGACAGAACAACACACUGCCUCACCCCCACGCCCACCCCCACUCACACUCCACCACCAGGGUAUAGCCAGGGGGCCGGUGGCACGCCCUCCUCCCCCCGGACUCACACACCGACCCACGGAGACCAAAAACCACAUCCCGGGAACGCUUCUUUCCCCUGCUCCUGCGAACUUCUUCUGGGGAGGGGCCGUCUGGUUUGGAGGUUGAGAAGGGAGAGGUAUCCUUUUAUAUGUGUAAACAAAACAAAAACAAACAAAAAAAACAAAACAAAUAGAUACAAAAAUAAUGGAAACUAAAAUUGACAAAAACAAAAAUCGUGAUGGAUAUUUUUUGGGGUGUCUGGUAUCCUUGGGGGGAAAAACACAACUGGGAAACGUUUCAGCAAGGGCGAUUUCACUUGGAAUGAUCUUGGGAAUGUGUGUGGAUGUAGUCGUCUGAUUUGUGGAAUAAAAUGAAAAAACCGCGGGAUGAGAAAGGCAAGGAGAAAAGGGAGAGCGUUUUCCGAGCUUUCCCGGCUGGCAGACGAGUGUCUCGGCCGAGUUCACCCCCACUGACCGAACGGAAAAGGAGUUCCCAUGAUAUACUCUUUACGAACACACAAGAAAGGGAAAAAAAACAAAAAAAAAACAACUGUUGAAGAAUAUGCACAAACGGAGACAUUCUAAAAAAGAUGUCUUGGAUUCUUUUCCUCGAUGUAUUUUCUGGGAAGGUUUUAUUGUACAGAACCUCUUUACAUAUCUCGAUAUGUACACAAAGCACCAACGCUGUACGGGGUCACGGAGGUCCCG